AUGAGUGGGGACACAGGUGCCAAGGCUCGAACAUCACAACCCAACCCAACAGCCCUCCUCUCCCAGUUUCACGAGAGCAUGCUGGCGGACCUGAAGCCAAAGUACGACGUUGCGGCAAUGUCAGUCAUAUCAUCCACCAAGAUUCGCAACCGUGUGACAAGGAUUGCCGAACACCUCCGCGGAGCUGCCACGAGCCAGGGAGACAGCGAUGCGCAGCGGAUGCCGCUCGUGCUCGUGCAUGCCCGCCCGAGCGAGGUGUGCAAGAUGAUUACGAUAAUAGAGACUUCGAAGAGCGUGCUAGGCGCCGAGGGGGCGACCGUAUAUCAAUAUAACCACUUGUUCGAAGUCGAGCCGAGGCCCGAACACCGAGAGACGAUUGACGAAACCGAGCUUGCGCGCGGCGGAGAAGAAGAAGGCGAGGUGGAGAGCGAUGAUGGAUUUGAAAAACUCCAGACCUACGAGCAAGCUGCCAACCCACCGAAACCGAAGCGGAAGACGAACUCCCUCGCCAUUUUCCUCUCCACUGCUGCCGUGCCGAUUCUUAGUGGCCGAACCGGUAUCACCGAACAGAUUCACGAGAAACGAUGA